AUGUGUAACUUGCCAUCCCCGCUUGACCCCGCUAAUAUCAACAUGACGAUUGACAUCCCUUCUAAGCUCAACGUUGCUAUCGUAGGAGGUGGAAUCGCUGGCCUUGCAGCUGCUGCAUUUCUUCGAAACCAGCCCCAAUUUAAUGUGACUGUCUACGAACUCCGAAGCGAAGACUGGAAGGAGUCAUCUGCAGCACUCGGACUCCAAACAAAUGGCACCUCUAUCGUCGAACAACUAGGCAUCACGAGACAAGAGGUCCGCGGGGACACAGGCUUAGGAUAUCGGACAUAUAAUAUCUAUGAAGAGCUGAUGAGCACAGGCCGAGUGGCUUUUCGCCCAGACGGAGAGACCGGGUUUUGGUUCGUGCAUCGACAGGAUUUGAAGGAUGCACUUUUACGCCGAGUCACUGGUAUACAUGGAGAGGGUGAACCUAUCCAAGUAGUUUAUGACAGUCAUAUUGUGGAAAUUGAUCCGGCACUGGGGAUUUUGAAGCUCGUAGACGGACACUGUAUCGAGGUGGAUCUGAUCAUCGGCGCUGACGGUAUUCAUUCCAAAGUCCGUGAAGCUGUUAUUCCAUCUUCGCACCCAGACCCUUCCUUGUGUGGGCUCUGCGUGUACCGCUUUGUCGUGCCAAUGGAUACUCUCCGAGAUGCGAACGGGAGAAUGCCAGAUAUACUUACCCUCGAAGAAGGCAACUUUGUAGUCAUCAUUGCUGCUGGCGACAAGGGAAAUCGGAACAUGGUAAUAUAUCCAUGCCGCGAGCUUCAGCUCAUGAACUUUGUCUGUGGCGUCCCAGACACAAGCCCUCGCGUCUUAGCUCAGAUCAAAUGCACUGGUAGUCAUGAGAGCCUGGUGAAUGACAUGCUCGAGGAAUUCGCAGGGUUUCCAGACUGGCUCUUGCAAAUUUUCAGUCGUACCAAAUUGAUUGAACCCUUCCCUGUGCUCGAUCAGAAACCUCUUCCCACAUACGUGAAGGGCCGCACAAUGCUGAUUGGCGAUGCUGCUCAUGCUAUGGCACCGUAUCAGGCGCAAGCAACAAAUCAAGCACUUGAGGAUGCUGAAGGUCUCAACGUGAUACUUGCGGAUGCUUCUAGUCGUGAUAGUAUCCCAGGUCUCCUGAAGCUAUGGGAUAACAUCCGCCGACCACACGCUUCGGUAGUUCAGAGCGACUCUCGUGAUUCACAGGCCAAGCUUUCGACGACAAAAUCGAGUGAUGCAUUUCUGAAAUUUAAGCCUUACGUGCCUAUGAAGGAAAUACUCACUCGGAUUUCAGCACAAAGCACGGGUUAG